GCAGCCGGGACAGCUAGCGACGCUUCCAAAGCACCAGUGCCUUCCUCCACUCUGCCUUAAAACGCUGUUUUUCCCCCUCCAACGUGUAUCAGCUCCGGGUUUCGCUCCCAUGUGGAAGGACGUGUCGGGACGGGGAUGAAGCCUCCUAACGGUUAGCUGGCCGGAGCUUUAUUUACAGCUGCAUACGUCGGGGGGAAGUUUAAGCUGCUUGGACGAGGAGGAAAAAAAAAAAAAAAAAGAAAAGUGAGCCAUGUUCGUGUUGGAGGAGCUGUCAGAUUUCGGGGACUACCUGGGCGAGCAGCAGCUUCUGGAAACGCUCAGCGACACAAACAGCCUGAACAAUGUUCGCGUCAGCCCGGACGGACGGCACGUCCACAUCAUCCUCCGCAAGCCUCAGGUCGGUCUUAUGACUUUUGACAAGUAUGAAAGACCCCAGCUGGCCCAGAACCAGAAGAGGCUGGAUCUGUGUCUGAAAGCAGCUGUUCCCAUCGUGGACAUCGUUUAUUUGGACCCAUGUUGUAACAAGAACAGCACAAGGGCGGCUGCAGUGGUUGUUGUGGUGAUUUAUGAGAAUGGCAAAGCAGAGUUUUGGAAGUUCCAGGCCGGCUGGCAUCUCCUGCAGAUGUCGGACUUGUGCAACAGCCCCCGGGCCAGAGUGGUGUCGGUGGGUGCCUGCUCCAACCUCAUCAUCUGGUGUGAGGAGCGACCCCCCUCGGAGAGCUCUGCCCUCAGCUCCACCAGGAACAAGCUGAGGUUCUGUGUCUGCAGACGAGACUUUGAGCUGGAGGAGGGAGCUGUCAUCCUGGGAGGGGUGAAAAUAACCCUUCACAACAAUCCCAAGUUCACCGUGAUCAGCUCGGGGGAAUAUGUGCAUUUUCUUCCUGAUUUGAAACUGAAACCGCUGAUUAUCUCCAAGUUUUUCCUCUCCUGGUCCCCUCACCACGACUCCUUGACGGUCAGCACCACGUGUAAAAACACCCCCAUUAAGAAGCAUUCAGCCAAAGAAUCUGACUUUAAGAGGCUGGUCACUGAUUGUUUGGGGUAUUUAUCUGCUCUUGAGUCGCCUGAGAUCCAUAACGUGUCUCCGACGGGCUGUGGCGGCCUGCUCCUGCUGCUCAACACGGGCUGGCUGUGUCUCCUGCAGAAAGACGGGAUGCUGCGGCAGGUGUACAAACUGGCAGAAAACUGCGUGGUGGAAUACGGCACUCACACGAGCCUUUGUGUGUACCAGAACACUGUGGCACUGGUCGUAGCACAAACUUUACACCUCAUAGAGUUGAGCUCUGGGAGAGAACUGGAAAGAAUGACGUUGAAAAGAGAGGGGUUGUUAUAUGCCAUCCAAGCUGAGAGACAGACUCCACAUCUGCUCUCAGAAAUGGGACUUUUUAGGUUGGUGAACAAAGACACAGACUCCAGGGACUGCAACACUAAGAUGAGACCUCUUGGGACUGUAAAUCCCGGAGCCCUGCUGGUGGAAGCUGUUUUUGAGGAGGCUUGUAAAUACUACCAGCAGAGGAGCCUGAGCAGCACCCAGCUUACUGUGGACACGUUAAAGAAAGGAGGUCGAUUUCAGGCUCCUAUUUCUCUAGCCUCCAUCCUCAGGGACUAUCUCAGCACAGGUGAGAGGAGGAAAGGCACAGAGCUGUCGCAGAACGGAGGCGGACAGUGCAUGGUGGGACAGGACAAGCUGAUGGGCUCUCUUCAGGCCGAGCUCCGGGCUCUGGUCUCUCUGGAGGAGGUGAAGGGGAGUUUAGUGAGGGGGGGCGUUAAAGAGGUGGAGGCACUGUGUGAGACUCUGGUGGAGAAAGAAGUAGUGAGGCUGCUGUCGUCCUCCGAGCUGGAUAAAGAAGGUCUGCUCUACCUGAACUCAAUCUUCAGCAUUUUCCCCUGCCAGGCGUGGAGGGCUGCUCAGGCUGCACUACAACUACACUACAACGGUGAGGGAUCGCUGACCAGCAGGGCGUCCCCAGAUGUGUGGAAAACCGUCCUCAGUCCUCCAAACCCCGGCACCGCUGCUGCUUCCCUGGCGUUUACAAAGGGGCAGGCGAAACACAACCACAGCCGGAGAGCCAGACCUGCAGCUCACACCUCUCAAACAGCUUUGCCAGUAUUUGAGCUCCUCUGCCAAUCGGUUUUCCACUUCCAGUCCAGCUGGCUGCCCCGGUUCCUGGAACUGGCCCAGCAGCAGCAGGGCUCUGCGGGGUUGGGACUGAGUCUGGCGGGCUUUUCUGGUGGGCGAGGAGGGGAGGGCGGCGAGAACAACGUGCCUCUCUAUAAGCGAGCGCUGGGCAUCGUGUCCAGCUUACACCCGGACAGGAACCAGCACCAGGACCUGGAGGUGGAGCUGCUGCUCGUCAGCGGGCGACCCAACGCCAUCCUGCAGGCCCUGAGGAUCCUCAUGGGCAAGCAGCAGUGGGAGCGGGUCACGCAGGUGGCCCAACGCUUCUGUAAACAGAGCCCACUGCUCAACAAGGAGAUUUUCACCACUCUGCUUUUCGAGGUGGCUCAACACCGAGAUCUGGAUCCCUACCUGGACGUGCUGUGGGCGUUAUGCCCCGAGGACUUCACCGUCACCACCAUCCUCAACCUGGUGCUUAAAAACCUCCCCUCUCCUAACACUCCCUCCCACUCUGAUCCCUUCUCCAUGUCCUGCCCAACUUCCUCAUCCCCUGCUCCUUUUGCAGAGUCUCACAGCAGCCAGCUGACCAUAGGGCUGUUGAAGCCUCUGCUUCGAAAGAUUCUUCAGAGGGAGACCAAGCCCAGCCAGCGUUACGCUGACAUUCUCCAGUCCCCGUCGUACCCUCCUCCCGCUCUUCCUCGUCAGCCCACAGAGCAGCCCUGCCCCGUCACAGAUCCCAGCACAGACUCAGGCCUGAGUGGAAGCAUCACCCCGGCUCUUAGUGCAGAGUCACCAGAGCAGCAGCUGGCCAUGCAGACAGCUGUCAAAAGGGCCAGAGCGCCGAUACCUGCAAACCCAGUCGGACUUUCAUAAUAACAAACUAAAUGGAGAACAAAACCUGACUCAUCACACAUUCCUUCCCUUAAUCUUAUCAGAAUGUGUGUUAAUACAAUUACACAAAACUUUUGAGUCGUUUACAGGUAUCAUGCAGUUCACUGACAUGUUUGAUUGUGUUUUUUAAACAGGUUAUCAGUUCAAAUUUAACUAGUAGAAAUUAUGACGUGACUACUGAAAAUCUACCAGUGUAAACACUGCAAGUAAUUUUAAGUUGUAUUGUGUAUAUAUUGUGUAUAAUGUUAUUUAUCUUGUAAGCCUUAACUGCAUGUGAAUGAGAAUGAUCUCGCAAUAAUAACUUCAACCUCGAUCAAAACGAAUUUAAAAAAUAAUGAAUAAGAACGUAAAGUAAACAUGUAAAACAUGGUAACAGUUCAGUCCCAAACGAAGCCAUUUACUCCCAAACUAGGAUGAAUCUGCCCGUUUGUCCUGAUCUAAUCUGGUGUGAUGAGCAGCUGCCAUCACUCAGCCCUCAGUUCUGCGGUGAAGAAAAUUAGAUAGCAGCGCUAUUUAUCUUUUAAGCCUUAACUGCACUGAGUAACUUUAGCCUGUGUCAAAAAAGUAUAUUUGUCAAAACAGCAAAAACAAAACUACUAACUCAGAUUUCUGGGGGUUAUCCUACUGCAUUGGAAAAAUUGGUGUAUUAUUGUUAUUGUAGCCGGGUCUUUUCACUUGCUGAGGUGCUGUCAUGCAGUGGAUAAUCUAGUGAGUAAGUUCACACAAGCUGGCCUUUGUUUUUUUUUUUUUUUUUAAGUGAGGUAUGGUUAAAAAAAGGAGGGAGGAAGAGGGUUCGGUUCAAGGUUCCUUUGCUGACUUUUAGUUUCACAUUGAAUAUAUAUUACACAUGAGUAAUCAUUAACCUGGUCUUGAUUGGCUUAAAAAAAACAUGUAACCCUUAGAAGUUAUUUCCAAAACAGUGAACAUGUUGUCGUUAUGAAAGCAUUUUCCACACCCAGUGUUUAAUUUUCCUCUUCAGACUCCGUCUUGUCCUCGCUCCCUCAGACCAACUCACCGGACAUUCCAAAAUACCCAGAAAAAGUGGCUCACAGUUGGACUUCAAAUUCAAUUUUAGUGGUAAUCUCAUUAGGGUGUGUGUGU